AUGCAGACAAAACGGACAGCACUUGAGUACAAGAUUGAUGUCAGUAUGCCGAAUGCUGAAAUCUUCAAUCUCAGUGCGGAGCACACGAUCAUUGAGAAAUCCCACUCUUCAGUCUCCGUUGAUCAAUUGAUGCCAGUUCAUUGUUUUGACUUGAUCCGCGGCCCGGUCGCCUUUGAAGUUUGA